AUGCAACUUCAAUUUAAUGACACUAUUUCGGAGGAGUUCACACUGUCCCGAGGUGUUCGUCAGGGUGACACCAUUUCGUCGUACCUCUUUGUUUUGGCGAUGGAGAGACUAGCUCAUCUUAUUCAGCACCGAGUUCAACAAGGUGCGUGGCGCCCAAUUUCGGUAGGUCUUGGGGAGGUGACAAUCCCUUAUCUCAUGUUCGCGGACGAUUUAUUAUUGUUUAUGGAGGCUUCUACAGACCAGGUGGAUGUGCUCAACGAGGUGCUAUCCAUUUUAUCUCAUAACUCGGGCUUUGAAAGCAAGUUCAUUUGGGGUAGUUCUCAAUCUGUUAGAAAAGUCCACCUUGUCAAUUGGAGCUCACUCUGCACGCCUAAGGAGAAGGGUGGGUUGGGGCUAAAAAACCAGCGACGCAUGAAUAUGGCUCUCCUUAUGAAGCUCGGUUGGGGUCUAUUGAGUAAACUGGAAGCUUUAUGGGUACGGGUUUUAUGUGCCAAGUAUAAACUCCACCCGAACACUAUGUCGGAUGGUUAUCACUUUCCGUCGGGCUCAGUCAUUUUGCGUGCAAUUGCGAGGGUCUGUCCGCAUGUUGUCAAGGGUACUAGAUGGUCCAUUGGUGACGGGUCUCGUAUUCUCUUUUGGUGGGAUAAUUGGCUGAACUUUUCUGAGGAUUUAAUCACUCGGGCUUGA